GUAGUUUUCGUGUCGUUUUAUAUAAAUUUACUUUAGUUUGGGGAUAUUUUUCAGUUGAAUCCUAAUUUUUUAGCACAGUGAGAAUGCAGCAUUUCUAAUUUGUUUUGUGUCAUAAUUGCGUUUUGCUAUAAUAUGAAAUCUUAGCCCUAAUAACUGCUAUGUACUCGUUGUAAUUACAAAAACAUAUUCAACUUAAACUACAGCUGAAAUGUCGAAGAAAUUUAUAUUUUUCACGUCUGAGGCAUAAUUUUAUGCUAUUUAUCGAAAGACAUCUGUGAUCUGUGUACUCUGUAAGCCAUGAAUCGUAGCCAAUCCUCGCACAGUGACUCGUCAGGUAGAUAUGGACUUAAUCCAGGUGCUGAUGUGUCCCUGCCUCCAAAGUUAGAGGAUCUGAAGCGCCGAUUAAAGGAGGAGAUUCGGAAGGAGUUGAAGAUUAAAGAAGGGGCCGAAAAUCUUCGCAAGGCUACUACAGAUAAGAAGAGCUUGGCCAAUAUCAACUCCAUUGUCAAGAAAGCCAACCUCAAGCUGCACGAGUUGCAGCAAGAGCUUCAGGAUCUCAAUGCAUAUAUGCUUGUAAUGCAAGGUCAGAGUUCUACUGAUCCCCUCAAUUUCAGUGAGAGCUGUGUAAUCUCUCCAGACAAAUAUGAACAACAGCAACCAGAAGCCCCCCUCUCGACAUCCGACCAAAGACUGAAGUCGCUGGAAAAGCAGCUUGAUAUCGAACAAAAGGUAAAACUGGGUGCAGAGAACUUGAUCGCCAUGUACCGUGGCUGUGGUUCUUCAAAAGACAAGAAACUCUUGGGAGAAGCACAACAGAUGCUUGCAGACUCAAAGGCCAAAAUUGAGUUUUUACGCAUGAUGAUCGGGAAGGUUAGGAGUAGUGCAGGACAAGAUGGCAGUGGUCAGGGAUAUGAUGGAGCACAAGCCAAACUUCCCGAGAUCAUGAGUCCCCUUGAGCUGCGAGUGGAGGAGUUACGUCAUCGUCUCAAAGUAGAGUGCGCGGUCGUAGAAGGUGCAAAGAACGUCAUACGCCUUCUCCAAGGAGGUUCAGACAGGAAGGCUCUUCAUGAGGCACAGUCCAACCUACAGGAAUGCAGUCAGAAAUUGGAUUUGAUCCGACGCUCCAUGGAAUUACGACGCAUGGAACUUCCUGCAGGAUCCCCCCAGAUGGAGCUAGUUGGCAGGGAAUUGCGUAGUUCCUUGGCAACCAGUCCCCAACUGUAUCCUUCAGCCAUUAGGACAGGGGGUCAAGAGAAAAGUAGUGGAACUUAUGAUAGAGGAGCUGCCUGUGUGCUUUCUAAACCUGCAACAGUUACAGGAAAACUGGAAGUGAGGUUGAUGGGUUGCCAAGGUCUUCUGGAGGAAGUACCAGGCAGAGUCCAGGUCCCUGUGGGUGGAGGUGGUUCUGGGGGGAGUCUAAAAGGACUAAUGCUGGCUGGAAGGUCCUCAUCUCGGUCGUACUCAGUCAAAGAGGAUACUUCUAAUGAAAUCAUGGCUGUGCUAAAGUUGGACAAUGUGAAUGUAGGUCAGACUGCUUGGAGACAGUGUAGUCAACAAGCUUGGGAUCAAAGAUUUUCGAUAGACCUAGAUCGGUCGAGGGAGCUUGAGAUUCAAGUGUACUGGAAGGACUGGCGGGGCAUGUGUGCUGUGAAAUUCCUUCGGUUAGAAGAAUUCAUUGAUGAUCACCGCAGUGGUAUCGCCCUCCACAUGGAGCCUCAGGGACUUCUCUUUGCAGAGGUGAAAUUCCUCAAUCCUAUGAUCUCAAGAAAACCUCGACUACAACGUCAGCGAAAGCUUUUUAGGCAUAAAGGAAAGAACUUUCUCCGUCCUGGGCAAAUGAAUAUCAAUGUUGCCACUUGGGGCCGUCUGAUGAAGAGGGCCAUGCCACAAGCCUGCUCAGACCAGGCAACCACCAUCAGUCCGCCUACCUGCUUGAUGGUUGCACAGCCGCCCAAUACUAAUGGUAAAAGUCGUGUCCUAGACAAUGUCGUAGGUAAGUUAGACUUUGAAGGAGAUGGACAAUUGGACCGAAAGGAACUUAACAACCAUGAUCGGGGAGGAGCCCUGUUAGAACUGGACAUUAAAAGUGCCUUAGGAGAAUUUGACUUUUUGGGGUCUGAAAUGUUCCCUACUGGAAGUGAAGAUGGUUAUUCCAAGAACGAUUCAGAAGUCAAUGAAAGAUAUGUUACAAAUCAUGCACGAGUGACUGAGUGCCUGACUGAGACAGAUGCCAUUAUCAAAGGGGUGUGCACUCGACGAUCUCCCACUCCUGAGCCCCUCGUUGAGAUGCCAGAUGAGGAGCGUGUCACUUGCUCUGAGCUGAUCAUAGGGGAAACUGUAAGUGAGGAUGCGAGAAGGCGGCGGCAAGUAGAUGACUUUCCGAAGAGUCAGAAGCAGCGGCAGCGUCCUGGAACUGUGCAAACCCCUAGUGUUAAAGUUGGGCUUUCAUUGGAUGAUUUUCAAUUCAUCAGUCUGUUGGGCCGUGGGCAUUUUGGGAAGGUGAUCUUGAGCCGAUUGCAGAGCACUGGUGAGCUGUUUGCCAUCAAGGCCCUGAAGAAGGGAGACAUUGUUGCGAGGGAGGAAAUAGAGAGUCUCAUGGCCGAAAGGAGGAUUUUUGCCGUAGCCAAUUCCGUCCGACAUCCUUUCCUGGUCAACUUGUUUGCCUGUUUCCAAACUCCAAACCAUGUGUGUUUUGUGAUGGAGUAUGCUUGUGGCGGUGACCUAAUGAUGCACAUCCAUGCAGACAUAUUCCCAGAGCCAAGGGCUGCCUUCUAUGCUGCCUGUGUUGUCCUUGGGCUUCAGUACUUACAUCAGAAUAAGAUUAUAUACAGAGACUUGAAGUUGGAUAACCUCCUCUUGGAUGCUGAGGGAUAUGUUAAGCUUGCAGACUUUGGUCUAUGCAAGGAGGGCAUUGGGCCAGGAGAUCGCACCGGUACAUUCUGUGGCACUCCCGAGUUCCUGGCACCUGAAGUUUUAACAGAGACAUCCUACGGCAGGCAAGUGGACUGGUGGGGCCUGGGUGUCCUGGUCUAUGAGAUGCUGGUUGGAGAGUCCCCUUUCCCUGGAGAUGAUGAAGAAGAAGUAUUCGACAGCAUCGUGAAUGAUGAAGUCCGUUACCCCACCUUUCUCUCCCUGGAAGCCAUUGCCCUUAUGCGAAGGUUGCUACGUAAGAAUCCUGAGAGGCGCCUGGGUGCAAGUGAGAGAGAUGCAGAAGAUGUGAAGAAGCAGGCCUUCUUUAGGAAUAUUCGCUGGGAUGAUCUUCUGAUGCGAAAGAUUAAACCCCCUUUUGUACCAGUGGUGAAAAGCCCAGAGGAUGUGAGCAACUUUGAUGAGGAGUUCACCUCUGAAAAGCCUUGCCUCACUCCCCCUAAGGAUCCGAGGCCGCUGACGAGUGAUGAAGAAGCAAUGUUUCAUGGGUUUGAGUACAUCGCUGACUGGUGCUGAUGAUGUCCACCCUGCACCGAAGUCCACCGGUGAUCGACUAUUUUGUGCCCGCGUAUCUUUACUGACUAGCAUGUAUCAUCUCUGAUGGGGUAUUGCUUCUCUCGUCAUUUCAUCGUCAUCAAGGCCAAUCCCACGAUGAUGUCUAGAAGUGUCUUCUACCCAUUGGAGUGCGUAGAAGACAAUUUGCCAUCGCAAAACAGCCCCAACACUGAUCCAGGGAACUGUUUCUCGAGU